UGCUGGCCCAGUGGGUGGAGAAAACAAAGCCCCCAGCUGUCAGCACAGGAAGGAGGCAACCGCGCCGGAGCAGUGUCCCAUUUCCCAGAGGAACACUUCAUUUCGACAGCCGAGGAGAGCGCUUGGAUGCUCAAGCUGGGGAAUGGCAGUCAAUGUGUACUCUACCUCGAUAACCCAAGAGACUAUGAGCAGACAUGACAUCAUUGCAUGGGUUAAUGACAUAGUAUCUUUAAACUACACAAAAGUGGAGCAGCUUUGUUCAGGAGCAGCCUACUGCCAGUUCAUGGACAUGCUCUUUCCAGGCUGCAUUAGUUUGAAGAAAGUAAAGUUUCAAGCCAAGUUGGAACAUGAGUAUAUUCACAAUUUCAAACUUCUGCAAGCAUCAUUUAAGAGAAUGAAUGUUGAUAAGGUUAUUCCAGUGGAGAAGCUAGUGAAAGGACGUUUCCAGGACAACCUGGAUUUUAUUCAGUGGUUUAAGAAAUUCUACGAUGCUAACUACGAUGGGAAGGAGUAUGAUCCUGUUGAAGCACGACAAGGGCAAGAUGCAAUUCCUCCCCCGGACCCUGGUGAACAGAUCUUCAACCUGCCCAAGAAGUCUCACCAUGCGAACUCCCCUACAGCAGGUGCGGCUAAAUCAAGUCCAGCUUCUAAACCGGGAUCGACACCUUCUCGUCCCUCUUCUGCCAAGAGGGCUUCAUCCAGUGGUUCAGCAUCCAGAUCUGACAAAGAUUUAGAAACACAGGUCAUACAGCUUAAUGAGCAGGUACAUUCAUUAAAACUUGCCCUUGAAGGUGUGGAAAAGGAAAGGGAUUUCUACUUUGGGAAGUUGAGAGAGAUUGAACUACUCUGCCAAGAACAUGGGCAGGAAAAUGAUGACCUCGUGCAGCGACUAAUGGAAGUGCUCUAUGCUUCAGAAGAACAGGAGGGCCACACAGAAGAGCCGGAAGGAGAGGAGCAAGUCCAUGAUCAACAGCCCCAGCAGCAAGAGGAGUACUGAACUGGCUCGGCAGCUCUUGACGCUUCCAUUGUGCGUGGGAACUUGUCUUCUGGGAAAUUGGAACAUGCGUGGCUUCAAACCAGUUGUUCCCAACCUGUCGUUACCAUCAACACACUGUUACAUACGCCAGCCACUGUGCUUGGUUCCCAUUUACUUUGCCAAGAUGCAUUAGCAAACGACCAUUUUGGUCGCCUACCUGAGCGAUCAUAGGGUCACAUACCUUCAACUUCACCACUUGGCUUGAGAUUGGUUCUGCUCUUUCCCUCGUUUCUUUCCAGAACAGCUCUUCCCUCCCCAACACCACCACCACCACCACCACCACCCCUUUUUAUCCUAGUGUGAAACAAUGGUAAUUUGAUACAUGGUAUUUAUAUUGGCAUUUCUCAACUCAGUGUCACUAGAUGUCACAUGCAUUUGUGGUGCUUUGAUGUUUGCGAGUCUAACCUCUGAUAAUAAAUUUGGUCAAAUAAUCAAUUGGAGCAAAGGGAAACAGAUACUUGAUAUGAAAGCCAUAAUGACAGUGACUUGUGUCAUGGAGGGAAACAGAGUCAGUUUCUCUCUCCACUCACGAUAUGAAAGGGAAAAUUUGACUCAAAACUAGGACUUCAGGGCCCAGCAGUGCUUAUGGAGCAGCAUGUUAGACAACCACGCAGUAUGUUGUUAGUUUUGAAAGACAGUGACUCAAGGAAAACACCAUCUCAGCUCUGCCCUUCUCCUCAUGCCCCUGCCUCCCACCCCAUAAUAAGUUCUCAUGUUAUUUUCUUUCUCAGGGUCCUCUUCGGUGGGCAGCCACUAACCCAAGAUGUUGUCACUCAAUUAUCUGCAGUCCAAAGGGGGUCUUGGUAGGUACCUGUCCCCCUGCCUCAUCCCUCUUCCUCCUUGUGUGGGUUUCAACCCAUUUCUUGCCAUUCACAUUAGGGGAUUCCUACUGAAGGAUAACUUGAGAGUGUGCAGCCUGAGUGCCAGAGUUCUGCACUGUGUUGCACACUGGCUGGAAGGAUAGAAGUGAAGACCUCGUUAAUAAGAGCAUAAUUCCAGGGGAGAAGCAUGCUUCUGUAAGUCUCACAUUGACACUGGGGUAACAGCACAGAAAUGCCGAUGACUCCCAGUACCUUCUGGAAUAAAGAAUCUCCCCUCUUCAACACAAGGGCCCUCCUUGUCAUUGACAUUUGCUAAACCAUGGCAAUUCAUAUAGAGAGAAAACAUUAAUGAAUUUAAAGCAUUCCUUAUUUUUUUAACUAAUAGUUGCACAUUUUCUUAGUCUCUUUCCAAAUCUCUGCCUUUCUGCUCCACCCCACCCCACCCCCUUUUAACAGACUGUGUCUCUUCUCGGAUCUUCAUUUCACUUGGUUUCCAACUUUAGUUUAUUUUCACUUGUUAUUUGACUUAGCAGGUGCAACAAAAACAAGCAACAAAUGUGCCCACCCCACUUUCCACUUAACUGAAAAGCUUAAAAAUAAAUUUAUGAAUUUUGCAUCAUAGAGCUUUGAAAUUUCGUUAUUAAUUGAUGAAACACUGAUUCUAAGUUCUGGCAUUGAAGUUUUGCACCAAAAGAAGUCUUUCCAAAACCUUUUGCAGCAAAGUGGUAUUUAUUCAGUUAUAUGUGGAAAAGAUGGCUUGUAUUUUUGAGAUUAUUACAACUGUGCAGAACUGGACAGAUGUUCCGUGGUGUUUGGUUUCCCUUUCUUCUCUCUCCUGCUCACCCUGCACUACAGUGGCAGCUUAUUUCUCUGAGGCUGGAAAGCCUGGCUCCCAGCAGUGACGUCCUCCCAAACCUGGUUACAGUAGUGGCUGUGCUAUACAGUGUCAUGCUUAAUGUGUGCCACCCUCCUAAACCUGUUGUACUCACUGACUUUCUUUUUAAAAAUAGCUCUUGUAAAAGGUGUGAUAAAUUGCUCCUUGCAGAUAAUUCUGUGGUUCCUAGGCCAUUCUUUACCUGCCCUGGACGUCUAAGUAAUGCCCAGUGUCACACUCCUGUCAUGUGGAUAUACCAGGAAGUUAGAAUUGUGUCUUCUCCUGAGCCACUUGACACUGUAUCACUCACAUGAGGCUUCCCGAUGACUCUUACUGGAACAACAAGAGUCAUUCCUGUUCAAUUCCCCAGGUUUCUGAGCUGUAGACAUGUUGGUCAUAUUUCCUCACCUGCAAAGAGAUCUUCCCAGCCAACAUACUCCAUUCUCCUUCCCAGUGGCUUAGCACAGACUCUAUUCAUGUAAAGAAGAGCUGUAACUUCCUUUUCCUGUCCCUAUCUUAAACAUCUUAGGUGGUGCGCCCAGGUGAUAUCAUGGAUGCUUUGGGGAAUCCUUAACAGCUAUGUUUCAGAGUCCAUCUUCUUGAGCUGCAACCCGUGCCUCUGCACACCCACUACUCAUUGCCCAUGGGUGGUGGGACCCCAUCAUUCUCUCAUAUUGACCCCACCCCCAGUCACGUGUCAUCAUGGCAGGCAGAGAAGCAUCCCUGGGUGUGUGCCCUGCUCCUCCCUCUCAGAAAGUUGGAUUUCUUUCCUAGUUCCCCUCACACUCACCGUGGGCUGGUUAUAGCACUUCCAUUGCCACUUUCAGAUUGGAAAUGACCGAAGCAGGGGGCAAAGAGAAAGUUCAUGUUCAUUUUAAGUAGAAAAGCAGGGGAAAAAAAAGACAAAAACCCUGUUGACCUGAGAGAAGUAAACUCCAGAAGGGAACCAAGAAUUCCUCCCUUCCCUGGUGAGUACUCCCAUUAUUCCGUUAAGGUUUAACAUGCAUUCUGAUUACUUUUACUAAAUAGUACACCAUAAAGCUUUUGUUAUAUAUUAAAUGUAAACUGAAAGGAAUGUAAACAUAUGUAUUGUUAAUUAUAAAUAUAGAUAAGUAAUGACAUAAUAGAUGAAAAAGUCUUAUUCAGAUGUAUCCCAUCCAUUUUACAUUACCACCUAUUGUCGCAUGGUAGAAUAGAUUUUUGUCUCUGAAUAUGUGAAUAACUUGACUUGCGUUGAUCUUUUUACAUAUUUAAUAAAAAAAAAACAUAUGUUAAAAUCUUCCUGGGUUUCUAGAUUCUGAAAUUUUUGUGCUAAAGAUUUCCUAUUCUGCAAGCAUGUGUGUAAAUAGGAAGUUUAUAUGGAUACACACAUCUGCCCACAUUUGUAUAGUUUACACAGGGAAAGGGGAUUGUCUUUGUAUCAACUGAUGACUGAUGUUUUAACAGAAAUUACAGAUUUGUAUGUGAUAUCAAUGUAGCAGUUGUAAUAGCUUUAAAAAAUUCUUUACCGAAAAAAUAUAAUAAAAAUAAAACAUCCCCUUGGGAAAUUCCACUUGCAAGCAAAUAAAACCCUAACUCCAACCUGUUCCAUCUGGACAAGACAGUUCUGGGGAAAUGGGAGACUGUGGGAGAAGCAGACAUAUGUUUCUAAGGAAAGCUUUGUAGCAGGACGACCUGAUUGGCCAAGCUCUUUGAAUAAGUGUGUUUUAUCACCCUUGUUCGUUGAGUUUCAACAGUGAUGAUUUGUGGUCAUAAGCCAUAAGUGGAAUACAGAACUUACAGGCAGUGCAAUGAGUGAAAAACAAAUGCAUUAAAAUUGGAGACUGUCCAAUGGGUGACUGUCCCUUAUAGACCUGCCUGCAGGUGAUGGAGAUGCCGCCAUUUCCUUUUCACCCUGAAAGGUGUCAGCCUUCUGUAAACUGCUCUCAAGCACCACCUAGAGGCCAGUCGUGUUCUGUACUGGCCUUUGGCAAGUCUUGCAUUCACUUGCCUUCAGCACUUUUCUCUUAAGGGAAAUAACCUGAGACAAACACAUUGCCACUCUUUUCUGUAUAUGUGCAUAUCUCCCCCGGGUAUAUCAGUGACAGUCUGCCAACCAUGCCUGGGCUGUAAA